AUGAAACCAGACCCAGAAGCAGUAGGAGUAGUGCAACCAGAACCCGCGCCCUCACCGUCCCUCGCACAUGCUUUGAAUUCAAAUUCAAAUCGAGAUCCAUCCCCCAAACGCCAACGAAAACGCUACCAUCAUUACCACUCUCUCCAGCACCGCUUCACCCACAACCUCCCCGACGACGCGCUGACAGCUGACUCUGCAGUUGAUACACUGCUAAACCUAUCCAUAGGCCUGCUGCUGCUCCAGAGCGGGUUUACGCAUGCGGAACCUGUGGCGUUGGACGGGUUGAGGAGAGGGGUUGAGGAGUACAUGCUCCACUUUCUAGCCUACACGCGCCAAUCCAUGGCCUCCUGCCGGCGCACACAGCCAAUUCCCAUCGAUUUCCAGCACGCGCUGCUCUAUGCCAAUAUACCCGUUGACUCACUCCGAGCACAUCUCAAACUAUCUAUGCCGACUCAUCCGGCAGCGGCAGCGGAGGGAAUAAUAACAAUACCAACAACCCUCCCCUCCCCGCCACCCUCCUCCCCACCACCGCACACUAAUCUCCCCUUCCUCGGUCCGGAACUCAUCUCUCCAACCUCCAUUGACCACGACAGACAGGACCAAGGAGCAACACGAAGGCAUAUUCCCAAACACUUCCCUACGUUUCCCAGCAAGCACACGUACCAGGAGACGCCGAUGUAUAUCACGCGCGAAACGGAUCCGAGGAGGAUUAGGGAGAAGGCGACGGAGGAAGGAAGGUUGGGGGAAGAGGCAUUGAGAAGGUUGGCGAGGGUUGCGAAGGACUGGAGUGGGAGUGGUUCUGGUGCCGAUGGUGGAGGGGAGUAUCGGGAGAACAUGCUUUGGGGGAGGAAGGGGGAGAGUAUGGAGGGGAUGUUUGAGAAGACUGUGAAGGCGGUUUCGAGGGGAGUGGUGAGGAGGGAGGAGCAACAGCGGCAGCAACGCAACGGUGGGGAUGAGAUUGGGUUGGCGUUGGGAUCGGGAAGCGGAGUUGGAGGUGAACCAAUGUCAUCAUCAUCGGAGACUGCGAGGGGGGGCAAUAUGAAGCCGUCGAUAACGCCGCCGGUUGUGAGGCUGGAUCUUAGUCCGGUUGUCAAUUGUGAUAGGGCGUAUUGGUGGAAGGUGACGAGGCCGGAUGUCAGGGGGAAGAUGGAUGGAGCUGGAAUCGGUGGCGUUGUUGGGAACAAGAAGGGGAGGGGUGGGAAGGCGGGAGUUGUGGGUUGA